AUGGAUGUUUGGUGUGCAAGGGCCCGCACUGGGCCCGGGACUGUCCGACGGCAACUCCAGAGCAGAAGGCUGAUGUUGAACGGACACUGCAGGACAGGAGGACUCGCCGUCAGGAGAAGGUGA